AACCGUCGGCCACAGGAACGCCGAACGGUACGGCACGUUGUGUUUGUAUGCGCCGGCGCAGCCGCACUGUUAUCCCUUUCCGGGAUCUUCCAAACCCACAAGCUGGCAUGUCACGAAACUCCGACGAUCCUCACCCGGGCGGGCCGGACACCUGAUAACACCCAUAUGGAAGAUUGGUACAAUCAGAAGUUUCCUAACUCUCGUGGUGGAUCGACUAUCAUUAGGACCAACUAAUAACCAACAUUCAAGAUGAUAUAUCUUCUCGACUACGGAGCUGGCAAUGUACGCUCUUUGGCUAACUCCAUCAACCGAUUAGGAUUCCAGUUCAAAUGGGUCAACUCGCCUGAUGAUAUCAAAUCUGCAACAAAAUUGAUUUUCCCCGGCGUUGGAGCCUUUGGACCAGCCAUGGAAGCCCUUCGAGCCAAAGGAUACGCUGAACCGUUGAUCGAAUACAUCCGAUCGGGAAAGCCGUACAUGGGCAUUUGUAUUGGCAUGCAGGCCCUGUUCUUGUCAUCAGAAGAAAGCCCUCAAGUCCCUGGACUAGGAAUCGUCCCAUCGCAUGUUCAGAAGUUCUCAUCGACCAACAAAGCAGUUCCUCACAUGGGCUGGAACAAUUCUUUAAAAAUCACAUCUCCCAGUGGAUCUUCAAGCGGAAGCUCCGACUCAGAUUCCGCAUUCUACUUCGUUCACUCAUAUCGUGCCUCGAACGUUGAGGCCAUGGAUGGAUGGACAGAAACACUCACCCGUUACGAAGAUGAAGUAUUCGUCAGCAGCAUCAGACGCGGCAAUGUUUUUGCUACCCAAUUUCAUCCCGAAAAAUCCGGGCCAGAGGGUCUCCGACUUCUGCAAGGAUGGCUGUCGGAACCUGACUUAAUUACUCCUUAUUCUGAUGUCCCGCUCACGAUCCCAGCCCCAAUGGAUCCACAAACUUUGAUGACUCGAUCUGGACUGACCAAGCGAAUCAUUGCGUGUUUGGACGUCCGAAGUAACGACAACGGGGACUUGGUGGUCACGAAGGGAGACCAGUAUGAUGUUAGGGAGGCUAACGGCUCCGAGCUAGGCGACGUGAGCACCAAGGGCGAAGUCCGGAAUCUCGGCAAACCGGUUGAGCUCGCUCGUCGGUACUACGACGAAGGGGCCGACGAAAUCACUUUUCUCAACAUCACCUCGUUUCGAUCUUGUCCUCUUAACGAUCAGCCCAUGCUCACGGUACUCGAGAAGGCCGCCGAGACGGUCUUCGUACCCUUCUGUGUCGGAGGUGGAAUCAGAGAUACGGUCGAGCCUGACGGAACCUCGCGCUCUGCCCUCGAAGUUGCUACUGCCUAUUUUCGAGCUGGAGCCGACAAAGUCAGCAUUGGUGGCGAUGCAGUGCUCGCUGUUGAAUCUUAUCUGACAAGCAAACAACUCCCCAAGAGUAGCAUAUCCGAAAUUGCCAGGGUAUAUGGGAGACAAGCUGUGGUGGUCUCCAUCGAUCCAAAACGGGUUUAUGUCUCAAGUAUCCAGGAUGCACCGGCAGAGCAUCAACCUUGUGUGGUAGAUCUUUCUUCUUCAGCUUUGGGAGCGGGGUCUGACUCGCAAAACUUAAAGGCUGAUCUGGGGCCAAACGGGGAACGAUUUUGCUGGUACCAAUGUACCAUCAAGGGGGGAAGAGAAAGUCGACCAGUAGAUGUUGUUCAGUUGGCCACUGGAGUCGAAGCUCUUGGGGCGGGUGAGAUCCUUUUGAACUCGGUCGACAAGGACGGCUCGAAGUCUGGCUUCGAUUUGCGUCUGGUCGAGCUCGUCAGAAGACACGUCUCGAUUCCCGUGAUCGCUAGCUCGGGCGCCGGCUCUGCCCAAGACUUCGAAGACUUGUUCCUGCAGACAAACGUCGAGGCCGGCCUGGCUGCCGGAAUCUUCCACCGCAACGAAGUCCCCCUGCCAACCGUCAAAUCUCAUCUCAAAAGACUAACCCAAAUCCCGAUCCGAAAUUCAGGACAUUGAACCUUAACCAUGUCUUGAAUAAUAUACCCAAUCAGUCCACCAUUUCGGAAAUUGUAAUACAUAGAUGUGUUUUCUUUUACUUUCACGCACACAAUAAUAAACACAAAACUGAUAUAUCGAGAUGUGAGUCAUGGAUUGAUUGAUUUGACGUUGCACCAGGGAACAGGGAUGGUCGAUUGGAGGAGGAUGCCAAAAUCAAGAACAGGAUGUGCUCCAGCUUUCCCAUGAUAUGACUGAUUGACUCCCGAUAAUAAAAACUCUUGUGUCUCAGUGCAACCUUCUGC